CGUGUUUCGAUCGCAUCCUAACUUCUUUCGUUCUACCUCGGUUUCUGAGAUAGUUUCUUUCCAUUAACCCUCUCAAGGGACGAUCUGAUGUCAUUCAUAUUCCUAUUAGCCCCGUAUCCGUGCGGCUUAUCAGUUGGCGCCAUACUACAAUAGAGCGUAUAGUCGCACAUCACCAAACACCGCGACUCUGAUAAGCAAGAGUCCAAAUCCCGCAUAUCCCGGCGAUUCUUCUCCAGGAGAGAGAUUAGUUCUCCCGACUGAACCCACAAUCACCGACACUUCUAUCUUUUGAUUGAAACUGAAGAGAGUAUCAGUCAAGCUACUUGUGUGAGGCCCAAUGGACAAACAAACCUCUGAGAAGCCGAAACGGAGCGAUACUCGGAAAGGACCAAUUGCUCCGCCGGUCAAGUUAGCCUGCCUCGCUUGUAGGCGCUCACGGAUACGUUGCGACGGCAAAGAAAUAUGUACAAAUUGCCUGAGAAAGGGACAAGAAUGUGCAUAUACGCCUAGUAGACGCGGAGGCGCUCGAACGAGCCGCCGUUUUACGCAAAACGGCAUGCAGAAGAAAAGCGAGAAUAAACAGGCUCGACUCCUCCCAAUCGAACAAUACAUUGAACCGGGGGCCGGACUUAGCAACCUCGAUGACAAUUUUCAGGACAGCGACUUGAUCUUUGACAGCAUUUUUCACCAUGAUCAAGAUGCCAUUAUGUCCGACUUUCAGCCACUUCGACCAGUAUCACCGGUGGUGCGGGCAUACCAGAGUGAUCGUGACGUACUGGAAGCAUACUAUGUCUACAUUCAUCCAUAUUUCCCUAUACUGCCUCCCCCAAAUUCGAUACCCACUGAUCGUCCCAUUGCCGUUUCUGAAAGCGAACAGAAUCUCAACAAUGCUGAUUACGAGCCUUCGUCACCUCUCAGCCUCGGCAUCUUGAGUAUAUUAUCGUUGAUUCCUCAUCCAGAUGACCCGAACCCGGGUAGUGAAGAGGCUGUCUUAUUCCGCAGGAAUUAUGCCGAGUGUCUGGCCCAGUCAGCUUUGGAAAGCAUCAACAUUGAAACCGAAGUACCGGCGUCCUCGACGUCGCCUGCGCAGGUUCUCUCUGAAGCCUCAGAUGUAUAUCAGCGCGUUCCUUUCCAUCAGCAUGUGCCAGUCGAGUUAGAGAGCAUAAUCGCCCUUUCUAUCUUGAGCAUAUAUGAAUACGCACAGCGAGGAAACAUCAAAAGGAUGCGUCAGCGAGCCGGACAGGCUAUCAUGGCAGCUAUGGAUAUGUGUCUCCAUAGUGAGUCAGAAAUGGAGAAACCGGAUGAAUUCACAGAAGCAAGGCGCCGGGCUUGGUGGAUGACGUACAUCUGUGUAUGUCAGGGAUCAAUUGUCAGUGUCACUGAACCGACAAUAUCUAUUCAUGAUCCGAGAUUUACUACUCCAUAUCCUACGAUUGGUGCAGACUCGACUGCAUGGUCCUUCUUUAUCGAUACCCAACGUGCGAUCGUUUCUGCAACAGUGGCUGUUGUCGAAUUAAACAAAGCUCUGAAAGCGGGAACUGGCCUUCAAUCGAAGCUGGAGCGCAACCGCGAGCUUGACAAUGAAAUGAAGCUGCUAGCUGCCAAAGCUGACGCGUAUCUCCCACCACAUCGCAGUACGAGCUUGCUAGAUCCGGAAGAGUCCAUAGUUGCAGAUUGCUUGAAAUUAAUAGGGCGUAUCAAAGUGAACAGCGCAAGGAUCAAGCUCCAUCGAUACAGUGCUUUCUUCGAUCUUCCACUGUUCUCGCAGAAACACUGCGACUUGCAGCCAUCAAAGAUGCGCGAGGAUGGUUCAGGAUCAGGGAAGUCUCCGAUAUGCUUAUGCUCUACCUCGACCGCCUCCCUCCCUCUACCACCCGGCUUGUCCUGGAAAGAUAUGAGCUUGCCAGAGACACCCUCUUCCCUUGCAUCAGAUAUGGGCUUGGGUGUUAGGGACCUUCUCGGACUUGGCAAUCAGAUGUCGACCAAGAUUUGUCUCAAAUCGGCGUUGAAUAUUGCUCAGUGCUUUGACAGACUCCCAUAUCCUAACCCCUAUGGCUCGCUUGGUGCAUCCAUUUCUCUAACAUCGAGGAAUCCAGCAUGGAAUACGGCGCUGCCUCGCACCAUGCCGUCCUUUGCGUGCUGUGCAAUGCAGAGUGGUUAUUCGAUGCUGAUGGUCCGUCACAAAGUAGAGCUCAUGCACCCCAAGAAUUCUACAGCCAAUCCCACAGUUGCGAAAUUAUACAGCCAGCUGCACGAGGGUCUACAAUCUGUCGUUGGAGCCCUCGAGAAUUAUUCCAUCGCGUUCGAAGCGCUCACGGGUAUGAGGGAUCAAAUAAAAAUGAUGAUAGGCUCUUUUGAUCCACCUAGCGAGAGAUAGGACGCAAGGAUGUGUGGAGUAGAGGGGAACUACUAGUUUGGUGUUGUGCACUACUGAGGCAAGAAAGGGAACGGGAGCCACUAUGGAGUCGUAGUGGACUCGAAUGUUAGUUUUAUUUCUACAGUCCAUAUACUAUCUUGUACCCACGGGCGUCUGCAAUUCAGCAUAUUAGUUUAGUCUGAACGUAAUCCAUCGUGUCUCUUGCUCCGCGUGUUUGUCUUAUUCCUCUCUUCAAGGCGGUCGACGCCAGCGGGCAGAUGCAGCGAGAAC